CCCGUGGGGUGGGGCUUCCUGCACAUUACAGCCCCUGAUCCUGGAGGUGGGAAGAGAGAAAAUGGCACCAACUCCCCCCCUCCCAGUUAAGCCCUGCACAAAUCCUGGAGAUAUGGGACACAACUUGCUCCCCGGGCGAACUCCUUCCCUUCCUGACCUGCUCACCCCGGCCCCUGCCCCAGGAGAAGGGAGAAGCUGCCAGAUGCCCACCACAUGCCAGGAGGGGAAGCAGGAAGGGAAAUUCUGGGAGUGGCUGUCCAUUGCUGCAAAGGGCUUUUGUUUUCUCCGAGUUACCAGCGGUAAAUGUAUUGCACGCAGGAGGAUCAGAGCCAUUUUCCCUGUAGUCUGGUGCUGUCCUCAGACCUCAUUUCUAAUGUGGUGUAAUCACGUCCAGUUGUGUCGGAAGCUGGAGAAAAACUUGUGCUCCUUAGCAGACAAGGGUCUGAUGGGAUGCAAAGGAAACCAGCUCUCUUGGGGCUGGCCACUUUCAGUCUCCUAAGGAAGAUCCAGCGCUGAGACGGGACAUGCACGCAGUGUGGUUACAGGAAGAAUUUUCUUCACUGCUGUCAUCUCCCCCGUUCUAACCUACAGAUCCUCUUGAUGUGAGGAAGUUGGUGAGAAUCUCGGUUCUGUGAAUUCGCUCUCUGUAUUGUUCAACAGGAAACGAGGGAGCGAGCAGAAGGCAAGUUGAGACCAGCUUUAGUCACCAACACGCGCAGUCAGAAACAGGUUCCCUGGGCUGCUCCUGCCGCGGCAGGCAUAGGGGCCGCGGCAAGCUGCUCUCCAGCAGUCGGCAAAGCUGGCACCAGAGUGCCACGGAAAUACAGCCAAUGGAAACUGGUGCGACACCACCGUAGUGACCAUGCUGGAGAGGAGCUAGCAAGAUGUGAGCCUGCAGGCGGAGGAAACAGGAACCAUUCACAGGAAGCGGCUCCACGGUGCAGGGAUUUCUCAGCCAGACAUGGAGCCGGCCGGCGCUCUGGAGGAUGUGUACGUCCUAGUGGAGUACGAGUUUGAGUAUGUGGCUAAGGACGGGACGCUCAUUUCCAUAAAGCCCAACGAGCGGUACGUCCUGUUGAGAAGAACAAACGAUCACUGGUGGCAUGUUAAAAAAAGCAAGGACGCCCGUCCAUUCUACAUCCCGGCAAAGUACGUGAAGGAACUGCCCUCAGUCACCCGGCCCACCAGUGUGUUUGAGCUUCCUCCAGAAACCCCUGGACAGCUGGUCUCCAGGGACGCCUUGGAGACAAUUGUCCUACAGCCAGCGAGGGCUGGCCAGGACCAGCCUUUGGCAUACGAGUACAAAUUCCUGAGCGCUGCUCAGCAGAAAGAGCAGCACAAAAUGGAUACCAAUGAACCCGACACUGACUUGGGGGCUGGGUCCGUCUGGUCAGGGUCUGGAACUCUGGGGCCCGCUUGCAAAGACGCCAGCUUCGAAGGCGAGACCUUGACUCGAGCCGUAGGAGAGGGGAAAGACUCUCCUCCAGUGCUGAGCUCAUUUCACAACCCUCGCUGCGCAAAGAGGAGCAGCCACUCUCCGGCGCUGCACAUCCCCCCCAGCGAGCAUAUGCGCCCGACGCAGUCCCUGGAUGACCUGGCCAGGGUCACCCCCAACCCCCAAUGUAGAGUCAGUCACACGGGGUCACGCAGGGCGGGGACCACAGCGGGCUCUUUGCUUUCCUCGCAGCCUCUCAGUAAGAGCCAAUCUGAGAACAUUUAUGAAUCCAUCAAGGAUCUGGAGAGACAGGAGAAGGCAGGGUCCAGCCGGCCAGCUCAGGCCUGCCAGGAGGAGGAGAAGAACCCCACCCCAGUGUAUGUGAACAUACAGGAGCUCCGACAGCAAUCAGCAGCCACUGACCCCUCCCCACCCCGGCACUGCCCUAGCAGUGUCCUUGCGGACUGGGAGACCCAUACGGACACGGGCAGCGGGCACUUGUUCUACUACAACUCUGUGACGGGCGAGACCACCUGGGAUUCCCCGUUCGGGUGCCCAGAAGAUGGAGUGAGUCCUGCUCCCUCUCCCUCGCCGUCUCUUGCCCCCAGUCCCGCGGCGGCCGAAUGGGGCCAGUAUGUGGAUGAUGCCAGCGGCGAGGUGUUUUUCUAUAAUUCGGUAACGGGUGAGACAUCGUGGGAGCCGCCUCCGGCUGCGGACGAGCCCAGCGCCCAGGAGAUGCAGCCUGCAAUCGCACAGUAUGGACCCAUGGACCAGAGGCCGCCGACUCCGGAAACGGACUAUCCGGACCUGUCCCCCGAGGAGCUGGAUGGUUACCCGGAGGAGGACUAUUCUCCGGUGGGGUCCUAUGAGCAGAGCACCUACCCUUACCUUCUGCCAGGGAGAUCCCCCAGGCACUCGGCAGAGCUGAGCCCCUCUCCGGGCUGGUGCAGCCAGAACAACCCCGAGGGGCAAGCCUUCUACCCUGACCAUUACGCCUCGGACACGGUCUCUGUGCCAGGGGGUCGCCGGAGAGCAAGCAGCGGGUCCAGCCAGGACAGCAGCCCCUUUGCCAGCUGGCACAACUAUAUGCCAGCCAUCCUCAUCCAGAAAGAGGAGAAGUUCAAAAGCCUGGACAAGGCCGGAGUUCUUUACCGGACAAAAACAGCUGAUAAAGGAAAGCGAUUACGGAAGAACUGGAGCUCAUCCUGGACUGUGCUGGAAGGGGGCAUCUUGACCUUUUUUAAGGAGUCGAAGCAUUUGUCUUCCAGCAGCUUGAAACACCCUUCCAUGCUGACCGCACCCGAGCAUACUGUGGAUCUGCGGGGGGCUGCCGUGUCCUGGGCUCCCAAAGAGAAAUCCAGCAAGAAGAACGUUCUGGAGCUGAAGACCCGCGACGGUUCUGAGUUCUUGAUCCAGCACGACUCUGAGCCCAUUGUGGCCACGUGGCAGAAGGUGAUCGCCGACAGCAUCGGCAAGCUGUCCACAGACUUUCCUACUCACGACGAGAACGGAAAUGUUGGGGACUUUGGAUCCAAGGAGAGACUGGGAAACAACAAAGACGAAGACAAAAAGAAUCCAGCCUCCGGGCCGGCGGCCAGUAGCCUGGGCUCCGAGAGCGACACCAGCAAAGUUCGAAACAGGCUGAGAAAGCUGCUCCAGAAACGGCCCCCUCUGCAGUUCCUGCGGGAGCGAGGGUACAUCAAAGACCAAGUGUUUGGCUGCUCCUUGCAAGCGCUGUGCGAGCGGGAGCACGGCACGGUGCCGCGGUUUGUGCAGCAGUGCAUCCAGACGGUGGAACACAGAGGUUUGGACAUUGAUGGACUUUAUCGAAUAAGUGGAAAUCUGGCAACUAUACAGAAACUGCGCUACAAAGUGGACCACGAUGAAAAUCUGGACCUGGAUGAUGGCCGGUGGGAGGAUGUCCACGUCAUCACGGGGGCUUUGAAGCUCUUCUUUCGGGAGCUGCCAGAGCCACUCUUCCCAUUCAGCUACUUUGACAAAUUCAUCACUGCGAUAAAAAUAUAUGACCAGGCGAAGCGCAGCAAGUGCAUCCGUGACCUGGUGUGUUCCCUACCUGAGGCCAACCGCGACACCAUGAAGGUUCUCUUCCAGCACCUCUGCCGCGUGAUCAACUACAAGGAGCAGAACCGGAUGUCUGUGCAAAGCGUGGCGAUUGUGUUUGGGCCCACUCUCCUGAGACCAGAGACCGAGGAAGUAAACAUGGCAAUGCACAUGGUCUUCCAAAACCAGAUAGUGGAACACAUCUUAAAUCAGUACAGCUAUAUCUUCCCAGACAGCUAAGCCUGGUGGCGAGCCAGAGCCUACAGUGAAAGCAAGGAGCAGAGUCCCUGGGAUGGACCGUGGCGGCUGCUAGUGUGUGACACUGAAUUGUCCUAGCCUGGACUACAGACAAUAGUGGCGACAAUCCGUAAUAAAUUGGCAAUGCUGAUGCUGGACUGCAACUACCUGGGAUGACUUGUGCCAUUAGCCACUGGAGCCAUGUGACCAGUGCGCCUCCUUUAGAUAUGGGAAAACAGAGUCAGAGAAAACAGGCACCAGAUCGGUCAUUCUGCAAAACACUCCUGCUCGCCGGGGUUGGUGCCAGGCUGUUCCCCGGAAGAAUGGCCCCAGGAGAGCACAGGGCCUCUGAGCUUUCGGCUGUCCAGCUGCUGAGAGGGGAGGGUCCUCCGUGGGGUUGUGCACUUUCACUUCGCUACAAGUACAGGUACUGGAGAAGGGGCUGGACAACCUACCAGCUAGUGAAGUGGGGACAGCAUCAGCUGUCCGCCCCAUGCCUGCACCUGGAACUGCCAGCAAGAGCUGCUCCAGAGCCCUUCUCCCACACAGCUCAUACCACCCCCUGGACCUUGGUGCGGCAGCAUCCACCUCUGUGUGCCUGUCUGCCCUUCAGCCAAAGCAGCCCCUGGGACCCCCGACAGAACAGCAUGUUAUGCACACCGCGCUGCAGCGCCUCCCGCUGGGCUCCAGCCAGCCCGCCUCCCUGCGGGCCUGAGCACCUGCAGCCAUUGGGGGAUGAACCCUUAAUGCCCCCAAGGUUGUUAUAGUGCUGAGAAGCCGAGACACAGGUUUUCAAAAGAGCUCAGCUUCCAGGGAGAGCACGAGCAGUCGUCCCAGCCCCUGGCCCCAUGGGAGUGGCCGAGCACUCCCCUAAGUGCCUUGCUCUAGGCCCCCCCUCGGCAGUGAGCGUAGACCAUUGAGCCCAGGUCUCUGCAGUCCCACUCCAGGGCCGUGUCACCCCCAGCCUAUGCUGUGUUACUGAGAUGGGAGUGGGCUCUGGUGCUAAGACAGCUUGGAGCUGGCUCAUGCCAAGGAGGGAGCUGAAAUCAACCAACCAACCCCCCUUGAAAACUCCCCUUUUGUAAUUAAAAGGAGACCUCCCCCUCCCCUCGCAGCUCACUCUCCCGCAGGGAAACCGCUCCAGUUCUGCAGGCUCCUGCCCAGGCCUGGGUGAGGAGCUUAGUUCAAAGUCCUCUGGGCAUCUAGCUGUUGGUGGCUGCAGAGGCCCUGGGCUGUGCAGUUAAAUGGCUCACUGGCUGUUUUAGUGCAUUGCCUGAACCUGCCCCUGGAAUUGGCAGCGACACCUCCACACAGGGCUACCAACAUUUCAAAACAUCGGACAGGGCAAACCAGUGCAUGAGGCAGGGGCCUGGGACCUCUGAGCCCCACCUGGGCCGGGUUCUGCACUGCCAUGGGGUGGGCAAGAAUAUCCAUGAGCCUGGCCUAGGUAUCUGGCUCCUCCUGCCUCCCUUUCUCUGCCUCCAUUGCCCAGAGCAUGUCCCCCAUGGAGCAGGGCUCCCCCGAACUGCUGCCUCAGAACAAGGCCUGGACUGGUCUCCCACUCCCCCUGCCCUCUCAGACCCUCUUCUCUCUCUCUCCCCACCUUUGUCACCCUAACAUCUGCCCCCCUCCCAAGCCCCCCUUCAGCACCCAUCCCCCACAGGCACAGCUGCCUUCCUCCCCACAAGCUUGCCCCAUUGCCACUGGAGAAUCAUGGGAGUAUGCAAGAGUCACGUCCAUUCACAGGCAAGUCCUCAAGUCACAAGUCCCGUCAAUGCCGUGUCUAAUGGUUGCGCCCUGUUCUACUAGGCCCUACACAAACACAGUGCAGGCAGAGCUAGUGGGGAAAUGGCCAUUAUUUUCUGUGAAACAAGUUCACAAUGUGAUGGAUUUUUUUGGUCAAAAAUUUGUUUCCUUUGGAAUCAAUUUGUUUGCUUGGGGGCUUUUUUGAACUCCUGCCCCUCCAAAAAACACAAAGCAGGGGAGGGGGAAACCCAACAAACACUGACAAGGUGGUGUUUUGGUUUGAAUUAAACUGAAUGAAAGUUUUUGUUUUUUUUAUUUGAACUGAAGAGUUUUCAUUGGCCAGCGUCAGAGGAUAUCAGUUUUUUGGGUGUAAAUGCGUGGAUUGUUCACUUUUCACUGAGAAAACAUUGUCACAAUAAUCUUCCACCCCGCUGCAAUUC